AUUGUUACUCUGGUUAAAUAUCCAUUUACCUCUUCUAUAUUUUACACUUUGUCACUGCUGCUGGGCUGAAAACGUUCCACAUCUGAUUCCUGAAGACACCUGAGAUUAUGAACAAGAAAAUGGAUUGGCAGCUUAUUCUGACUAUUUUGUGUCUAACAGGGUUAAUGACUUCAACCACAGGCGCAGACAACAUCACCAGUACCACAAAUUCAACCACAGGACCAAGCACUCCAGCUACAACCACAAAUUUAACCACAGGACCAAGCACUCCAGCUACAACCACAAAUUUAACCACAGGACCAAGCACUCCAGCUACAACCACAAAUUUAACCACAGGACCAAGCACUCCAGCUACAACCACAAAUUUAACCACAGGACCAAGCACUCCAGCUACAACCACAAAUUUAACCACAGGACCAAGCACUCCAGCUACAACCACAAAUUUAACCACAGGACCAAGCAUACCAGCUACAACCACAAAUUUAACUACAGGACCAAGCACUCCAGCUACAACCACAAAUUUAACCACAGGACCAACCACUCCAGCUAUAAAUUCAACCACAACUAACACUUCAACAACCAUAUCUGCAAACACAACUAUCACUUUGACAACCAUAUCUGCAAACACAACUAUCACUUUGACAACCAUAUCUUCAAACACAACUAACGCUUCAACGACCACAACUUCAACCACUGUAUCACCACCUUCGGUUUUCCUCUUGAUCUUCAGCAUCAAAGAAACCUUUUUGGCAGACCUGUCUAAUUCAAGCUCUCAACUAUUUAAAGACAAAUCUGAAAAUAUCACUUCACAGGUUGGAACAUUAUACAAGAGAAGGUUUCUAAACUUCCGUCGAAUGGUAAUUCAAUCAUUUCGCAAUGGUUCUAUUGUGACAAAUAGCACGCUCGAAUUCAAUUCUGAUGAUGUUACUUCACGCGAUGUAACAAAAACCCUUCAAGAUGGAAUAAAUUCCGGCAACUUGACAUUAAAUGUUGACAUAAACUCCAUCAAUGUCACACAAACUGUUGGUAAUUCAGUUCCACCAGUGAUUGCCAGCUCAGUCUCCAUGAUAUGGAUGUCUCUUCUAACACUUCUACUUUCUUUUGCCUUGCACAUCUAGCUCUGGACCUGAUCACAAAAUAUACACAAUAAAUUUAUAGAGUGCAUUUUUAUUUAACAAUCUGACAUAGUCUACUCAAAUAAAUAAACACUGAUUUUUUUUUUUUUUUAGCACAAACAGUAACAAGAUUUUUAUUUACAGAUUAAUCUUAAUAUUUACAGAUUAAUCCAUUUAUGAAAUAAAGGUAAUAUGGGCAUUUUAUUCUUAUAAACAUUAUCUUGUUUUAGAAGAAAUAUUAAUAUUCUGAAUUGUUGAAACUGGGGACUUAAUGGGGACGGUGACUUACCUAAACAUUUCUGCACAUAUAAACAGUCCUGAUAAUUGGUGUCUUUUAUUUAUUACAUUUAAAUGAAUCUGAUCCUUCUUAAAACAGCUGUGUAGGAACAGGAUAAAGAGUCUAGUUUCUUACAUGUACCCUUCUGUAUAUCUUCUGUAUAUAAGUGUGCAAUGCAACAAUAAACCUUUUAUGAAAUAAACUUUUAUUAAUCAAA